ACCCGCCCCAGCUUCGCCCUGAAUCGCCUCGUGAAACUCUCCCUCGCUCCGUCCCGCUUUCCUCCCCCAUUUCCAGCAACGGGAGCGGGCACGUGCAGAUGGCGGGCGCGCUCCCGCGGCCGAACCCAGCCAGCCAGCCCUUCCCCACCCCCACCCCCUCCCGGGGAAGGGACCCGCCGCCGUCUGCGGGAAAAGAGGAGGAGGAGGACGGCGGGGCAGCGAGAUGAGACAGUUAAGAACAGGUCCAAGAAAAGCUCGAAGAAGGUAAACAGUAGUAGCAGCAGCAGCAGCAGCAGCAGCGGUGGCGGAGGCAGCAGCAGCAGCAGCAACAGCAAAUUACCUCCCGUGUGCUAUGAAAUCAUUACCUUGAAGACUAAAAAGAAGAAAAAGAUGGCUGCUGAUAUUUUCCCCCGAAAGAAACCGGCUAACAGUAACACAACUGUUGUCCAGCAGUAUCACCAGCAAAAUAUCAAUAACAACAAUAUUAUUCCAGCUCCCAACUGGCAAGGGCUGUAUCCCACCAUCCGAGAAAGAAAUGCAGUGAUGUUCAACAACGACUUGAUGGCAGAUGUUCAUUUUGUGGUUGGGCCACCAGGUGGGACCCAGCGAUUACCAGGACACAAAUAUGUCUUAGCCGUUGGAAGCUCUGUGUUCCACGCAAUGUUUUAUGGAGAGCUUGCUGAGGAUAAAGAUGAAAUCCGUAUCCCAGAUGUGGAGCCUCCUGCUUUCCUUGCUAUGCUAAAAUACAUUUAUUGUGAUGAAAUUGACCUGGCUGCUGAUACGGUUCUGGCAACUCUUUAUGCCGCCAAGAAGUACAUUGUUCCUCAUCUCGCCCGGGCCUGUGUGAAUUUCCUAGAGACGAGCCUGAGUGCAAAAAAUGCUUGUGUGCUGCUUUCCCAGAGCUGCUUAUUUGAGGAACCGGACUUGACUGAGCGUUGCUGGGAGGUGAUCGAUGCACAGGCCGAGCUGGCUCUGAAAUCGGAAGGCUUCUGUGACAUUGACUUCCAAACCCUUGAAAGCAUUCUCCAAAGGGAGACCCUGAAUGCCAAAGAGAUUGUGGUUUUUGAAGCUGCCCUCAAUUGGGCCGAAAUGGAGUGUCAACGGCAAGAGUUGCCUCCUAGCAUUGAAAAUAAGCGCAAAGUGCUUGGGAAGGCGCUCUAUCUCAUUCGCAUACCCACCAUGGCCCUGGAUGACUUCGCCAACGGGGCUGCUCAGUCUGGUCUUCUGACCCUCAGUGAAACAAACGAUAUCUUCCUUUGGUACACAGCUGCCAAGAAACCAGAGCUACAGUUUGUGAGCAAUGCCCGCAAAGGCCUGGUCCCUCAGCGCUGUCAUCGCUUCCAGUCAUGUGCCUACCGCAGUAACCAGUGGCGCUACAGGGGCCGGUGCGACAGCAUCCAGUUUGCUGUUGACAAGAGAGUUUUCAUUGCUGGGUUUGGACUCUAUGGCUCCAGCUGCGGAUCAGCAGAAUACAGUGCUAAGAUUGAACUCAAGCGGCAAGGCGUUAUCCUUGGGCAAAACUUAAGCAAGUAUUUCUCAGAUGGAUCUAGCAAUACUUUCCCUGUGUGGUUUGAGUAUCCAGUGCAAAUCGAACCAGAUACCUUUUAUACGGCCAGUGUGAUUUUGGAUGGUAAUGAACUCAGCUAUUUUGGGCAAGAAGGAAUGACAGAAGUCCAGUGUGGCAAAGUGACUGUGCAAUUCCAGUGUUCUUCAGACAGCACCAAUGGCACUGGGGUUCAGGGAGGGCAAAUUCCAGAACUUAUUUUUUAUGCUUGAAGGAAAAGGUGGGUUCGCAGAACACUCUGAUUCUAUGAUGUAUUGUGUCUGGUUCAGGCCAAUUUCAUGCUUAGCUUGUUGUCUGCAGAUAUAUAUGGUCAGUUCAAGUAGGACACUCCUAAAUGCAGUGAACAGUUUUAACUCUUGCUGUACUUUUUAUUGUCUACAUGUAUUUCUUCUACUACAUGCUCUCCCAAGAUCAAACUAGCAAAUUUAAGUGUUAAAGAUUUUCGGCUUUAGCACAGAUGGAAUGCCUUAUUAGCGAAGAAAGUUGUCAUUUUUUCCCCAUGCAGUGUGUGUCAAGGGACAUAACUUGUCUGGUCUCUGCUUUGCUGCUAUUUCCUGUCAUUAUGAUUUAUGAUUUAUUUAUUUUUGCUCCUCCGUGCUGUAGGCUUCUUCAACACCUCAGAAUUAAGUGUCUUUAGUCUUUUGCUGUUUGGAUGCGACUCAAACUUAGAAUUGAGGCUGGUUUAGCUGCAGCAUCUCCAUGCCUGGGCUGAGAUUUUCUAGAGGGAACAUAGGAGGUCUUCAAAUGCCAACCGUUUGAAGGCCAUAGCAACUGAUUGGAAAAUAUAUAAAGUGUGAUUUGCCCUGAAUUUCUUUGCAAAUACUGGCAUUUUGUAUUUAGUUUAUGUUACGGAAGACAACAGCAAAAACUCAAGGUCUUUGGGGACAGUUGCUUUUUAAUUAACCUUAACCUUUUUUUUUCUAGAAAGCUCUUUUUCAAGGAAACUGUUAAUAUUUAAAAUACAUUCAUGCAUUUUUGAUUGUCCAGGAUUAUUUCUAGGAAGCUUUCCCUAGUUGGUAGCCUUCCAGAUGUAUUAGUGAAGUUCCCACUAUCGUCAGAGUACAGAGGACGGGAAUGAUGGCAACCUGAGCCUUUCAUACAAGGAGAGCCUACUCUGACGUAUUACAUAAUGGCAUUUACACUAUUAAAAAAUCUCUCUGAUAGUUACUUUUCUUUUCAAGGGAUUAAAUACAUUUCAUUUAAUCAAGUCUAUUAGAUUUCCAGUGUCAGAAAAUGUGUAGCAAAAAGCAAAUGAUGAGUUUUGUGAGUUUUAUUUACCCAAAUACCAUUUUAAAGAUACAUGGGUUUUUCCAAAUAGUAAAAAUACAGAUGUUUGGAACAUUUUAAAUGUUAGAAAUUGCCAUGGAAUGUAUUUGUUCAGUGUAUCAUACAGUGACAUUUUUUCCCCAUAGAACUCAAAGCUGAAUAUUUUAAUGCUUCACAUAUUAAAUUAACUAGUGGGAGAUUUAAACAGUAGAAGCAAGUAGGUUUGAAAGCUCUGUUUUUGAAUGAGCAAGUAAACUAGACAUAAUGCAGUUUGGUUAGAAUAUGAAUAUUCACCCAAUUAUAAAUUUUGAAACAUCUCCCAAAUUUCUAGAUGUUUUUUUUCCCCCCUCAUCUGAUUCCCUCCACAUCCUAUAGUUUUCACUAUCUCCAGCCACUGAGACAAAGGGAUUCCUGGUAUUUGUAAUUUAACACAGGUUGCAGUAGAAUUAUUGAAAGGAUUUGAAAUUUGCCAGGCUCAUACAAAAUAAUAUUUGUUUAACUUAUCAGAUACUAUGACUUCCACAAACUAUACUUUAAUUUUUUUUUGUUUAUCGUUAAGUGUAAAUGUGACCAUUAAGAUUGCUAGUGACUCUGCUUGUAGUUUUCUCUUUGACUGCAGAAGUAUACUUUUUAGCACAAGUAUAAAUUACUGCUUUGUUAUGUACAGAUCAUAAUAAGACUUAUCAAAUUUGGGCUGCAAAAUGCCAUGCGGCAGCAAACAAAAAAUACGAAGUGGGAUUUUUGCAACCUGGAACUGGGAACCCUGCAGAAUCUGGAAUAUUUGUGACAAAUAUUUCUUACCUAACUUUUGAAGAUUUCUCAAUUGUCAGUGAAGCUUUCCUUUUCCAGAUUUUUUAAAAAAUUGGUUGGACUAUCUGUUUUUUUAACAAGAAAAGGUUCAGGUUGGCAGGUAGCUUUAAAAAAAAGAAAGAGAUGAUAAAAGUAUAGGUGAAUACCAGGCCUGUGAAAUAGAAGACACUGCCUCAAAAAAGCAACUCCUAUGUGCUUCAGUCUAGAAAAUAACUUAUUAGUCUGAAAAAGAUUUGUCCCAGAUUUGUGUUUUCUGUUUACAACACAAUUUUUUAAAACAAAGUAAAUAUAAGUGCAUCUUGCUACAGUGUAGCUCCGUGGCACAACAUUUUAUUGUCCUAGCUAUUAGAAUAGUGGCUUUAACUCUGAGGCAUCCAGAGAAUCUGAAGUUUUCAGUAAAAUAACAAAAACACUAUCACACUGCAAGUUCUCCUACUUUUGUAUAGGUAACAACAUGUGGGGCUUCCAUUAUGAUGAUUCAACACUGCUUUCAUCAUUCUGCCCCCCUGUCCCAUGCCACCAAAUAUCCUUGUGGAUGCCUCCAGUCUCCAACCUAUAUCAGCUUUUCCUAAUUUGUGGUUUCUUAUUCAAUUCAAACCACAAUGUCCAAAAUUCUAAUGCACAACCAUUAGGAGUCUUAAAACAUUUUGGGACUUGAAGUCCUGAUUCCUGGUUUCCUUAAAUAUCUGUGGUGUUCCAAAUAAUACUUGAACACGAGAACAUUUAGCAGUAACGGUUUCUCAGCAGUGCAGCAUAUUAAAAAAUAUACUCACAAAACAGAAGCUGUCCUUAAGAGCAAAUGCUACUCCUGUGUCUCCUAUAUUUUUACCAUCACAAAUAAUAUUAUU